GGGGAGGAGGGGAGGCCGCGGCGCCCGGGCCCAUUUCAGCGGCGGCAGCGGCGGGCGGCGAGAGCGGCGCCAUGGCUGGGCGGGCGCUGUGGGCCGCGGCGCUGGUGCUGCUGGCGGCGCUGCCCGAGGCGUUGCGGGCCGACACGCCGGCCAACUGCUCCUUCGCCGACCUGCUGGGUGCCUGGGAGCUCCGCGUCUGGCGGGGCGGCGGCCGCCACGGCAACUGCUCCCAGGCGGGGCCUGUGGAACGAAAGGUGCUUGUGAAUCUUCAGAAGUUAGAUGUGGCUCAGGAUAAUCUGGGCAACUAUGGUUUCUUCACUUUAAUUUACAAUCAAGGCUUUGAAAUUGUGAUAAAUGACUACAAGUGGUUUGCCUUUUUUAAGUACAAAAAGGAAGGCCAGAAUGUAACCAGCUACUGUAAUGAAACUCUACCAGGAUGGGUACAUGAUGUACUUGGCCACAAUUGGGCUUGUUUCAUUGGACAGAAGAUUUCUUCAUCUCCCUCAGAUGUUCACAUAAAUGAGCUACCUCUCCAGAAGCCCAGAGGAGGACUUUCAAGCAGACGUUAUGUGCACAACUUUGACUUUGUAAAUGCUAUCAAUGCUCACCAGAAGUCGUGGAGAGCAACAAGAUACAAGGAGUAUGAGCGCUUUGCCCUGGAAGAGCUAACCAGAAGAGCUGGAGGUCUCUAUUCCAGAGCUCCAAGACUGAAGCCUGCACCUCUAACACCUGAGUUACUCAAAAAAGUUUCAAGCUUGCCAGAAUCCUGGGACUGGAGAAACGUCAGUGGUGUCAAUUAUGUCAGCCCUGUUCGGAAUCAAGGCUCAUGUGGCAGCUGUUACGCGUUUUCCUCCAUGGGCAUGCUGGAAGCAAGAAUACGUAUCCUCACAAACAACACUCAGAAACCAAUCCUUAGUCCCCAGCAGGUUGUGUCUUGCAGCCAGUAUUCUCAAGGUUGCGAUGGUGGCUUCCCAUACCUCAUUGCUGGAAAAUAUGUCCAAGACUUUGGCGUGGUGGAAGAGGACUGCUUCCCUUACACAGCCCAAGAUUCUCCAUGCACUUUCAAGCACAGCUGUUACCACUACUACACUUCUGAGUACCACUAUGUUGGUGGUUUCUAUGGAGGUUGCAAUGAAGCCCUGAUGAAACUUGAGCUUGUUCUGCAUGGGCCAAUGGCUGUUGCCUUUGAGGUUUAUAAUGAUUUCAUGCUUUAUAAAGAGGGGAUCUACCAUCACACUGGGCUGCAGGAUGACUUCAAUCCUUUUGAAUUGACCAAUCAUGCUGUCUUGCUGGUGGGCUAUGGUACAGACCCAGAAAGUGGUGAGAAGUUCUGGAUUGUGAAGAACAGCUGGGGCACUUCAUGGGGAGAAGAUGGUUACUUCAGAAUCCGCCGUGGCACUGAUGAAUGUGCAAUUGAAAGCAUUGCAGUGGCUGCAACUCCUAUUCCAAAAUUAUAAAUGCAGUGGUCCUCAUCCAUCCAGUGCCUUGUCCCCUGCCGUAAGAACACACUGAUUGUUAGAAACUGCAGGUAAAAUCUGUUCCCUAGCUUAAUCAGGGGAGCUUGGAUGAAAUUAUCCAGAAUAAAGAGUUUCCCUAGGUGAGAGGAUGAACACUGAUAGCUCUGCUCUGUGCACUGAGGGUUUCCUCUCUAGUGUGACAGUAGAUCUAGAAUGUGAUGGCUGUUUUGGUAACAGUGGUGAUGGUUAUGCAUCACUGGAUAUACAUCUUCAGUCACCAGUUGCAUUUUCUUCUGUGGACAGUCUUGAACUUCAGAUCUCAAAGGGAAGUGUGGGCUAUGAUAAUCUGUAACUACUUUAAAAGGACACUGUAGUGCCUUACUUCUCAGAAAUCAGGAAGUCACUGCAAUUUAGAACAUAAGUGUGUAUUGGGGAGGGAAUGGGCAAUUACACUGAUUAAAAGGAGAUUUUUUAAAGCUUUAAGUGUCCUGCAAAAACUGCAUGUCAAACCCUUAUGGCAAUAAAAAUCAAUUCUACAUUUCAAGCUGUUACUAAAUGUCCUAAAUGUUCAGUUCUGGAUUUUAUUGCUGUGCUUUGCAAUUGAUCAUCUCAGAGUUCAAUAAAAAUUACCCCACUCCAAGUUGGAGUUUG